CGAGAUUCGUCGGCUGAAACGAAGUCAACCUAACAAAAGACAACAACUCGACUUUAAUCCGUUCGGUCUAGCGUGGUUAUGAGAAUGUUCCUCCCUAGUUGUGACGAGAGCCCGUUAAGCAAGUAGCCACUUCGUAAAGCUGUGUUAUGACUGAAAUGGAACAGCCAGCAAAUAUUUCUACAAUCACCUUGAUAUCGGGCGCGAACCAAGGGCUUGGAAUUGCUAUAGCCAAACGCUUGGCAAAAGAGCAUAAUCAUCAUGUUGUAAUCGGCUCGCGCAACGUGGACGCCGGUGCAAAAGUCGCAGCCUCGCUACAAGCUGAGGGCUGCACCGCCUUAAGCACAUUUAACACGAACGUCUUCGGCACGGUAUGUCUCACAAAGGCGCUUUUGCCAAUCCUCAAAAAGUCAUUAUCGCCCCGUAUCGUCUUCGUGUCUUCCAUCAUGGGCUCUCUCGCCCAGGCCAAGGUCGAGGGUACCCCGUUUUACGAUAUCGACUAUAGGGCAUAUGAUGCUAGUAAAGCUACACUCAACAUGUUAGCACUAAACUAUGCCCGCAUUCUUCGACCUUCCCAUGGGCUUGUGAACAUUGCUUGUCUAGGUUUAGUUAACACUAACCUCGGUCCGGGCAUUACUUAUGGCGAUUUACUUAAUGAUGGACCGACUAUUACGUUUUUGAAUAUAUAUAGAGAAGUUGCUUGGUAA